CUUCCUCCUCCUCCUCCUCCUCUUCCUCCUCCUCCUCCUCCUCGGACGAGGACGAGGCCGCUGCCGCCGGCGCCGCCGAGAGCCCCGCACGGUACCCAGAGCCCGCCCCCGCUGCGGCCACGCCCACCGAGGCCACGCCCACCACGGCGGCGACCCCCUCCGUGACCCCCUCGGUGACCCCCGGGGCGACCCCUUCGGUGACCCCCUCGGUGACCCCCACGGUGACCCCCGGGACCCCCUCGGUGACCCCCUCCCCCGCCGGUGCUGCCACGACGGCGGCCACGCCCACCGCGGCGGCCACGCCCACCACGGCCACGCCCACCUCGGCCACGCCCCUGCUGUCCCUCACGCCCUCCAAGCCCGCCCUGGGGGGCGGAGUCACGGCCUUGCCCCGCCCCCCCGGGUCCCUCCUGUCGCUCACCCCCACGGGUGGGCGUGGCCUGCGCCCCUCGCCCCGCCCCCCUCCGGGCUCUCUGCUCUCAUUGGCCACUGCCCGGGGGGGCGUGGCCGGCCGGGGGGGCGGCCCCUUCCCGCUAUUGGCCGCCCGCAGCCCCGGCUCCGCCUCCUUCCAGCGCGCGGCCACGCCCUUCCUGGCCACGCCCACGCGGGCGGGGGGAGGGGGGUGGAGCCCCAGGACCCCUCCCAGCCCCUUCCUGCGGGGGGGCGUGGCCGGGGGGGCGUUUCCCCGCCUGGGAGGGGGCGGGGCCUGCCUGCACCGUUUCCACGGCAACCUGGGGGCGGGGCUGGGCUGCUCGGCCCGCCUGGGGGGCGGGGCCUGCCUCCACCGUUUCCACGGCAACGCCGGCAUGGGCGUGGCCUCGGUGGCGGCGGCGGCCAAUCGGAUCAGCCCCUGCGGCCACCGGGGGUGCUGCUACCACGGCAGGGGCGGGGCCUCGCUGGGAGGGGGCGGGGCCGCCCCCCGGAGCCCCUCCCCUUUCGCCAUGACCCCCGCCAUGGCCGCCCGGAUGGCCCAGUACGGCCUGGGCUCCUCCCAGUAUAACCUCGGCUCCUCCCAGUACAACCUCAGCUCCUCCCAGUACGGCACCAACGCCUCCCAGUACGGCGCCAGCGCCUCCCAGUACGGAACUGGGACCUCCCAGUACGGCACCGGCGCCGCCCAGUACGGCACCGGCGCCUCCUCCUCCUCCUCCUCCUCGUCCUCCUCCUCCUCCCAGUAUAACACCACCUCCUCCCAGUUGGCGGCGGCGGGGGCCCAGUACCAGUACCAGCAGUACGCCCAGUUCGCCUCCCAGUACUCCCAGUACUCCCAGUACGGCUCCACCGACGGCUCCCAGUACGGGGCGGGGUCGGAGGCCUCCCAGUACGCCAGCACGGCCGCCCAGUACGCCGCCAGCGCCGCCCAGUACGCGGCCUCGGGGGCGGCCGCCGCGGCCACGGACCCCUCCCAGUACGCGGCGGCCACUGGGAACCAGUACGGGACUGGGGCGGGGGGCGGGGCCAGCGCGGGCUGGGCGGGGGAGGGGGCGGGGACAACCCAGGAGGGGGCGUGGUCUGGGAGCGGGGGAGGGGUGAACUGGGGGAACUGGGUGUCCCCGGCCCCC